UUAAUGAGAGUCCAUGUAAGUUAAAGAUACCCAUACACGGUGGUGAUGCUGAACAAUGUUGAAAUUAUAGUUGUUUCAUUAUGCAGGCAGUAAAUAAUGAUAUCCUUUAACUUAGUAAACCAUGGAAGAAGGAGGUGUAAGUAUAAGAGAAAAACGCCUUCAAUGUUUACACUGUAAAGCACAGUUUGACGAAGAGGUCCAUCUACCAAGAGUUUUACCAUGCCUGCAUACUUUCUGUUCGACGUGUUUGAAGAAGCUUAUGAAAAACAAUCUCAUUACUUGCCCAACAUGUCAUGAUAAUUCUAAAACAUCCGGGGAUUCAUUGGAAACGUAUCAGAUUGAUUUCACCCGAAAAGAUCUAGUUUCCUUCCACAAGAAGUUCUGCCAGUCAUCAAAAGUAGAGUGUGACAGGUGCGCUGAAAACAAAGCAGAAUUCUGGUGUUGCGAUUGUGAAAACUUUUCAUGUAGCGGCUGCAAUAAAAGUCAUGAGAGAAAUAAAAAAUGGAAAACUCACAAAGUUGUAAGCAUUACCGAAAUAAAAGAUCCAUCGCAUUUCCAACAUGAGGUGCUAUGUAGUAGAAAAGGACAUAAAAACAAGCCAUUAGAAUUCUACUGUACAGGGAAAAGUUGUAAAAAGGCUGUGUGCGGUACAUGCUGGAAGGUUGACCACUCUGACAAGACACAACAUACACCAACAGAUAUCGAAGACCAAUUUGUAGAGGAAAGAGACAGUCUUUUCAAGAAAGCAGAAAAGCUAAAUGAAAAGCAAAUUCAGAUAACGAAUCUCCAAAAGAGAAUAGAUGAGGAAGCUUAUGAUGUCACAAAGCAAACUAUUUCGGCGGAAUUUGAAAUUAGUUCUUUUUUUAAUCAGUGUAUCAAGCUGUUAGAGAAGAGAAGAGAUGAUCUGUUGGAGACGGUUAGCACAAUUUCACAGAACAAAGAAAUAGUUCUGACGAACCAAAAACAGGAACUUGAAGAGUUCAAGUAUAGAUUGUCAGAUGCAAACAUUUUCCUCGAGCAAUCAUGUCUUUCGCAUAAUUCAGCAGGAUUUCUAAACCUCGUUCAAGUUAUAAACCAAAGAUUUGAAGAUUUGAUACAAGAAAAGUACGAUGAAGCUCCUAGAGUUUGUAGCCAAAUCGGUUUUUCAAACGUAACCACAGGAGAUGACUUAUACAUACUUAAAGGAAAAAAUCUGCAAAGAAUGAUUGAACAUCAUGCGGAAAUUUCAGCUUCUAAUGCAUAUCCACCAAACACAGAAAUGGUACUAGUAAAGACGAGAGGGAAGCAAACUCUUCACGUAACCUUGAAAGACGUCAGGGGAAAUAUUAUAAAUGAUUCCUCUUUACGGGUGUCUGCUGUUCUUAACAAUAAAUCCUCUGGUGAUGAAACAAAAUUACGAUUUACCUGUAUGGGCAAUGGCAGAUUCAAAUCUCUACAGAACAUUAAAGAUGUUGAUGUCUAUAUUGAUAUUCAGCUGAAUAAGAAACAAUUCACGGAAGAAGUGAAGAUUGAAUCAUUGAACUGUGUAACAGGUAAUCCAGAAGAAGAGACAGAUAAUGUAGAAGAAAAUGAUUUAUUCGAUGAAGAAAAAGAUCUUACAGAUUCUGAAGAAGAAUGGGAUUUCAGUGCAGAUAAUGCUGAUGAUAUCAAUCACGAAAAAGGUGCCGUGUUGUCGACGACGGAUGGAGAGACUUGCACUAUUCUAAUCGACGGUUUCUGUGAAAGUAAAAUAUCAGAAAAUGAUGUAAGAGAUUAUUUUAGUAACAAUGAUCUCUCUGGAGGAGGUACAGUGAAGGACAUCGAUAUGAAUAUUGAUGAAGGAUGGUGUGUUGUAGUUUUCACAAGCUCUCAAGCUGCUAAGGAUGUUUGUAUCAGACGACACAAGCUGAAGGACCACGACGUAAAUGUAAAAGCUCAUGAUAAAAAAAUACAAAUUGCUCCAGAGUUAAAAGUGAUUUCUAACUUAGAUGAACACAAAUUAGCUUUCAUUACAGCUUCAAAUAUUAGCAAAGACGUUCUAAAUGCACGCUUAAGCAUAUUUUCAGCUAAAAUAGACUGGUCUUCUGUGAAACCAGAUGAGCGUUCUCUACAAAUAGCUUCAAACCUUACUUCUGAUGUGAAAGAUUUUCAGAAGAAAGCUAGGGUAUGGGGUAAACAUAUUGAAAAAGAGGUAUUACAGCUCUUUGAAAUAUUACUAGUUAAAGAAUACAAAAUAGAUCCGAACGAAUGGGACUUAAUCAAGAAAAGCGUUCAUCCAGUUGAUGUCCAGGAUAAGGAAAGAGUUAUGAUAACAACCAAUGAAAACAGAUUUAGCAUAGUAGUAGUUGGCUACCGGAUUCCUUAUAAAUCUUUGGUUACUGAUAUUAACCUCCUCACAGUCCCCGUGACAGUCAGGGAAAGAUUAAAAAAUUACGAAAUACGUUUGUUAUCAGCUGGAAAAGUAAUGGAAAGUAUUAGAAACGAACACAAAUCCAUAAAAAUUGUUCCAGAUUUAUCAAACGGUGAUAUUGAAUAUUCAGGAACUGCAGCCAUUGUAGCAUCCGCUAAGCAGAGAAUUUGUAAUACACUAAAAACAAAACAAACUCACAUUAUCAAAGAUACUCCAAACGAAAGACUUCAAUUCUUCAAAAGAAACACAGUUCAGAAAGAAUUAGAAAAAGAAUUUAAAGAUAAAGGUGUAACAUGUGCAGUUGAAUUUGAAAAAGAUAACAAAAUUAUCAUUUACACGUUAUCUAAAUCAGAAGGUGAAAAAGCAGUCAACGUUGUGAAAGAGUCAACAGCAGAAGUUACAUUUGGUAAAGAAACACCAUCUGGACUACUCGACAAAGAGUUGCAAGAAGUCAGAACAAAGAAAGCCAAUACAGUAGAAGUUCUUAGAUCUGACAGUAAAAUUAUAAUUUACGCAAUACCACAGUCAACUGUAGAGGCUAUCAAAGAUCAUAUCAAUUUUUUUGUCCGAUAUCCCCAUGGAAGUGUCCGUUGUACAGCCCAUUUCUGUACUGAGACAGGCCAAUCUAUAACAACAUUGCUCGGUAAUAUUACAGAUCUUCAUGCAGGUGUAAUUGUGUGCAGCUCUGACAAGCAUUUGAAACUUGGUACUGGUGUAGGUCAUGACCUUAUACAAAAAGGUGGAGCAGGAAUACAGUUGGAAUGCAACACCUACCUUCAAUCAAAACAAGUGAAGGAAUUGAGUAAGGACGAGGUAUUUUGUAGUUCAUCUGGGAAACUCUCCAAUUUUAGAUGGAUUGUUCAUAUACCUGGUGAAAAAUGGGAAAAUGCCAAAGAAUCUAAUGCGAAUGACGAAAAGAAGAAUUUCAUCAAGCUAAUUAUUUCAGCUCUAGAAAUAGCAAAAGAAAAGAAAAGUAAGAGUAUUGCCAUGCCAGCUUUAUGUUGUGGAAAUAAUGAAUAUCCCGUGAACAAAUCAACUGAUUGGAUUGUGGAGGCUUUAAAUGAGUAUCUGAAGCGCUAUGGAAGUACAACAAGCAUUAAAAAGAUUUAUCUGUGUGAUAAGAACCCAAAAGCUGUUGACAAUUUUGUGAAAAAACUGAAGGAUUUAUAUUUCUUGAUAUACGAUAGAGAUAAACAACAAAUUUAAAUCGUAGAUCAUUUUGGAAUUGACAGUAGCUAAAUCACCUAAUAAUAUUCAAUAUAGUCCUAAUUUGUAUAUGUACUUACCAAAAGGUCCCAACGAAAUAUGAAUGAAAUAAG